GGCAGAAGGACAUGUGCAUGUGGUCUCAUAUGUGCAAUACUGCAGGGCGUAUUAACCUUGCAGUCAAUACAGCACACCUUUGACACGAUGACUUCACAUCAUCAGAUUACACUAACGCUGUAUAGAAUUCGCAAAACCUGCAGCAAAACAGUUAGCCCGCUGGAAUCAACCAGCAAGUAAGGAAUCACAUUUAGAACGUUGGGAGGAAGAAAGUGUUAUCGUACUACACCGACUCACAUAAAAAAAGUCACCACCUGCAAACUCGCUCAACCAAGUCGAUUUGCAGCUCCGAUUGAAACCAAGACGCAAAGGGUAUCAGACAGACCACAACUUUCUCAGGUAAGGAUUCUACCUGUUUAUUUCCAUUAUCUCUAUUUCAAUGUAUAAACACUAAGCACAAAUUCUAUGGGAUAAUUCCAUCACAAGUGAGAGCUUUACUGCCCAAACAUUUUUGCGAACAGGUAGAUUAUACAGAAAUGUCUGGCCCCGAGCCGAAAAAAUACAAUGCGCUUCCCAAACUGUGAUACUACGGUGAGCUUAGCUUUUGGAAUUAUUACACCUAAACUUUUCAACAUUUUACAUUGUUAAUUUCAGGGAAGGUUGGAGAUAGAUUGCUUGUCUAUAACUAAACCUAUUAAGCCGGUUACCAUGGGAACCACGAUGAGUUCAGUGGGCUUGGCGAAUAAGCCACCCGCAUUGCCACCGGUAAAACAAAAUAACACUGCGGUAAUCGCCACCGCGCAAUCUCCACCGGACUACAAGUUUGAACACUUUACCAAACUUUGUCAGCAUUAUCAAGAACAAAAGAAAAUAUUGCAGGUGCAAAUCCGGACAGAGGUUCAUAAUUGGAAAAAGGUGGCGGAGAAUGGUGAUGAAGGGACUGAAUGUCGUGAAAAGAUCCUGGGCUUACUGAGCCAGUUUCGCGAGGCACAGAAACAACAAGACAUGUUAAUUGAGAAAGAAAAGCUUAGGUUGGAUGCGUUUAGAAACUGUAUCAAUGAAGACACCACGAACAGGAUAAAAAAACGAUUGACAUUCUUCCAGAAACUAAACAAACAACACGAGGCAUUGUUGGAGCAUAUCCGACAGGAUAUUCAAGAAUGUAGAAUGAUUUGUAAAAGAUUCAAUGAUUCGAGUGGAAGGUCUAAAGGGUUUGAGACUUGGAUAAAAUGUCCAGCCAGCCCAGCUUACGAUUACGGUAGUAUUGGAAGCUUAUGAGUCUUUGAAGGUAGGAAAGAAACCAUUGUUCCUGUGGUUCUUCAGUCCACUCAUCAAUCGAGAUGGAGAAGAGGGAAAUCAACAGGUUCAAAUGAUGUCUCUGAACAUGAGCACAGGAUGGAUCAGCUCAAAGUCAACAAGAACAAAGCCUCGAAAAGGAUUAUGAGACCGUGGUGACAACAUUGUAAUAGAAAUAAAGUAAAUCAAUUGAAAACACAGUGAUAGAUCGAGGUGGAACAAUUAUCCACAGACUGUUAGCCCUAAGUGACAUUCUUGCAGUCAAAUGUCAUUAGAAAUAACAUAUGGAAAUAAAAGAAUAUCUUAUUUGUA